AUGACCUCGGCGCGGGAGGCGGCGGCGGGGCCCCCCCCGCUGCACGCCGCGGCCGAGGAGCGCCGCCGCGGCGCCCUGGACCAGCUCCCGCCGCCCGCCAACUCCAACAAGCCGCUGACGCCCUUCAGCAUCGAGGACAUCCUCAGCAAGCCCUCGGGGCGCAAGGCCCCCGCCGGGCACGGCGCGCCCCCGGCGCGGCUGCCGGACAAGGCGGCGGGGCCCGGCGCGCCGCGCGGCGCCGCGGGCGCCCCGUCCUCUCCGCUCUGCGCCCUGGAGGAGCUCGCCAGCAAAACUUUCAAGGGGCUGGAGCUGAACGUGCUGCAGGCGGCGGAAGGUCGGGAGCCGCUGGGCGCCUUCGGGCACCGCCAGGCCUCCAAGAAGCGGCGGAAGUCGCGGACGGCGUUCACCAACCAGCAGAUCUACGAGCUGGAGAAGCGGUUCCUCUACCAGAAGUACCUGUCGCCGGCGGACCGGGACCAGCUGGCGCAGCGGCUGGCGCUGAGCACGGCCCAAGUCAUCACCUGGUUCCAGAACCGCCGCGCCAAGCUCAAGCGCGACCUGGAGGAGAUGCGCGCCGACGUGGCCUCGCUGCAGGCGCUGCCGCCCGCCGCCCUCGAGCAGCUGGCGGCGCUGCCCGAGCCGCCGCGCUCCCCGGGCUGCCCACACACGCCGUCUCACGUCUGGCUGCAGAGGGACGGCGGGCGGCCAGAGGGACAGGGCCUGGAGAGCUGGGAUCAGCGCAUGCUGCUGGGCAGAGGGCAGAGCCCAGCCCCUCCGUGA